GAUGGGGGCCAUGUCUGUCUGGGUGUCAGGCCUCCUGAUUCUGCAGAUGUUGCUCUUUGUGGCUGGGGAACAGGGCACACAGGACGCCACCGCUGCUGCUGCUGCUGCCGCCACUGCCGAGAAAGGGCUCCACAUGCAGAAGGUGGGGUCUGGGUCGGUGCGGGCUGCACUGGCAGAGUUGGUGGCCCUACCCUGUCUCUUCACCCUGCGGCCACGGCCAGGUGCAGCCCGAGAAGCCCCCCGGAUCAAGUGGACCAAGGUGCGGACUGCAUCAGGCCAGCGGCAGGACUUGCCCAUCCUAGUGGCCAAGGACAACGUGGUUCGAGUGGCCAAGGGCUGGCAGGGACGUGUGUCGCUACCUGCCUACCCCCGGCACCGGGCCAACGCCACGUUGCUACUGGGGCCACUGAGGGCCAGCGACUCCGGGCUCUACCGCUGCCAGGUGGUGAGGGGCAUCGAGGAUGAGCAGGACCUGGUGCCCCUGGAGGUGACGGGUGUUGUGUUCCAUUAUCGAUCAGCCCAGGAUCGCUAUGCACUGACCUUCACUGAGGCGCAGGAGGCCUGCCGUCUCAGCUCUGCCACCAUUGCAGCCCCGCGGCAUCUGCAGGCUGCCUUUGAGGAUGGUUUUGACAACUGUGAUGCCGGGUGGCUCUCUGACCGCACAGUUCGGUAUCCUAUCACUCAGUCCCGUCCUGGUUGCUAUGGUGACCGUAGCAGCCUUCCAGGGGUGAGGAACUAUGGGAGGCGAGACCCACGAGAACUUUACGAUGUUUAUUGCUUUGCUCGUGAACUAGGAGGUGAGGUCUUCUACGUAGGCCUGGCCCGCCGCUUGACACUGGCCGGCGCGCGUGCCCAGUGCCGCCGCCAGGGCGCCGUCCUGGCCUCGGUGGGACAGCUGCACCUGGCCUGGCAUGAGGGCCUGGACCAGUGCGACCCGGGCUGGCUGGCGGAUGGCAGUGUACGCUACCCUAUCCAGACACCGCGUCGGCGCUGCGGGGGCCCAGCCCCGGGCGUGCGCACCAUCUACCGCUUCGCCAACCGCACCGGCUUCCCAGCGCCGGGAGAACGCUUUGAUGCCUACUGCUUCAGAGCUCAUCACCCUACAUCGCAACAUGGAGACCCAGACACUCCAUCAUCUGGAGAUGAGGGGGAGAUUCUGUCAGCAGAAGGCCCCCCUGCUCACGAACUGGAGCCCAACCUGGGGGAGGAAGAGGUAGUCACCCCAGACUCCCAGGAGCCCCUGGUGUCCAGUGGGGAAGAGGAGCCUCUGAUCUUGGCAGAGAAGCAGGAGUCUCCAGAGACAGCCAGCCCUGCUCCUGGGGGUCCCACACUAGCUUCAAGGCCUGUACUGGAGGCAGAGGAGGUGAGGCUGAGCACAGUGGCUCCCAGCCCCAGCAGCAUGGAGGCCAACACUGCAGUAGGUGUGCACACAGAGGCAACAGCAACCAGCACCACGCCCAGGAGGAGGGGGCGAUUUAAAGGGUUGAAUGGGCGCCACUUCCAACAGCAGGAAACCCAGCGAGGGCUGAAGGGGGCGCUUGAGGGCAGCAUCCAGCCCCCCACCUCAGAGGUUGCUGGGAAUUAUGUGGAGCCUCCCCUGGCCACAGAAGCCACAGAUGCCUUGGGGAGUGGCCAGAGUCAAAGCCCCUGGACUGUGUUGACCAAUGAGGUGGAUGUGCCUGGAGCUGGUUCCCCUGGUGGCAGGAGCCCCCCAGAGCCCUGGCUGUGGCCCCCAACUAUGGUCCCACCCAUCAUCCCAGACCCCAGCAGAGCCCUUGACCAGGAGCUAAAGGAAACCAAGGGUCCCAGUGUGAGGCCAGCCACCCCAUACCUGCCCUGGUCCCCCUCAGAGGCCACUGCCUUGGUCCCCAACCCCUUAAAAGGCCCCAGCACUGCCCCUUGGGAGGCAUCCCCCAUGGUCAUUUCUCCAGAUCUCCCUGUCAUGGCCAUGCUUCGUGCUCCAAAACUGUGGCUCCUAUCACACCCUACAUCCCUCCCCACCAAGGCCAGUGGGGUCAAGCAACAUAGUGAGGACGUGGCCACUGCCCUAUCCUCCCCUGCCUCAGAGACCAAGGCCAGCACCCAGGAUCCCAUCUAUCCAGAAGUGUAUUCCCUCCCCUUCUCCUCAAGCCUGAUAGGACGAGGUGGAGAGGCCACAUCCCCAACACUCAGCAGCUACAGAGCAAGAAGUCCUACGGCCCCUUCGCAGGCAGCCAUGGACUCAAGAGCUGGAGCCAGUCCUAACACCCCCGGGGCAGACUUUGGAAAAAUUGAGGGGACCAGCCCUACUGGGCUCAGCAAAGCUGAGCACUCCAGAUCCAGCCCACAUGCUUCUGUAGAUGGGAAUGUGGUGGCAAAUUUCACUUCCACUGAGACUGCCACUGAGCUCAUGGGAGCCAGAGAAUUCUCAGGGUCUGAGUCUGGGGUCUUCAACACAGCAGACAGCCCCACUUCCAGCCUGCAGGUCACAUGGCCCUCACUGCAUAAUGAAGGGCUAGACCCCCGCUCUCCAUCUGCACCCUUGGGGGGCCCUGGAGUCUCCUUGAUGCCCACAAUCACCCCAAGUCUGGAGGCUUGGGCUGCUACAGAUGGAGGAGCCGCAGUGGGUCCCAUGGAUUCCACAGCCACACUGGAUGCCAGCGAUGCUGGUGAUCUUUGGGAACCUGGAUCCCAUGUGGUUGAGGAAGCUGAAAGCCCCACCCUGAGUCCUCAAGUGGCUGUGGAUACAAGGGUGGUGACAUCCCUCAUGUCCCAGGACCUGGGAGACAAGGUUGGGGUCCUGGCCACGUCCACCAUGGCCUCCUCAGGCUUCCAAUCCCACCCAGAACCAGAGGGCCAGAUGGUGACUCAGGGAACCCUGGGAACCUUGGUGCCUCCACUUGAAGGCAGCCCCUCAGGGGAGCCUGCUUUUCCUCCUUGGACACCGACAGCAGCCAGCAUGGACGAGCAUAUCUCAGUUUCCUCAGGGGAGCCUACAGUGCCCUGGGACUCCCUCAGCACCCCGAUGCCUGCCUCCCUGGGCCCAGAGGAGUUUGAGCUGGAGGUCCUGGGAGGCAGCCCAGGUAUGGAGAGCUUCUGGCUGGAGGCAGCAAGUGGAGAGGAACCAGCCCUGCCAGGGACCCCUGCAAAUGGGAGCACAGAGGAGGUCCCUUCAGAUCCCUGUGAGAACAACCCUUGCCUGCAUGGGGGCACUUGUGAAGCCAAUGGCACCAUGUACGGCUGUAGCUGUGACCAAGGCUUCACUGGAGAGAACUGUGAGAUCGAUAUAGAUGACUGUAUUUCCAGUCCCUGUGAGAAUGGAGGCACCUGCAUUGAUGAGGUCAACUCCUUCGUCUGCCUUUGCCUCCCCAGCUAUGCGGGCAGCCUCUGCGAGAAAGACACUGAGGGCUGUGACCACGGCUGGCACAAGUUCCAGGGCCACUGCUACCGCUACUUCGCCCAUCGACGGGCAUGGGAGGAUGCCGAGAGGGACUGCCGCCGUCGAGCCGGCCACCUGACCAGCAUCCACUCACCUGAAGAACAUGGCUUCAUUAACAGUUUUGGGCGUGAAAACACGUGGAUCGGUCUGAACGACAGGAUUGUGGAGAGGGAUUUCCAGUGGACGGACAACACGGGGCUGCAAUAUGAGAACUGGCGGGAGAACCAGCCCGACAAUUUCUUCGCGGGCGGGGAGGACUGUGUGGUGAUGGUUGCACAUGAGAGUGGGCGCUGGAAUGAUGUUCCCUGCAACUACAACCUCCCCUAUGUCUGUAAGAAGGGCACAGUGCUGUGUGGUCCCCCUCCAACAGUGGAGAAUGCCUCACCCAUUGGUGCCCGCAAGGCCAAGUAUAAUGUCCAUGCCACUGUACGCUACCAGUGUGACGAAGGAUUCGCCCAGCACCACAUGGCCACCAUCCGGUGCCGGAGCAAUGGCAAAUGGGACUGGCCCCAAAUCGUCUGCACCAAGCCCAGACGGUCCCAUCGGAUGCGGCGACACCACCACCACCACCAACACCACCACCAGCAUCGUCACCACAAAUCGCGCAAGGAGCGCAGAAAACACAAGAAACACCCUGUGGAGGACUGGGAGAAGGAAGAAGGGAAUUUCUGCUGAAGAACCAGGCAAAAGAAAGCACAACCCCUUUCCCACACCUCCCCUGGAGCCUUUACCUGGGGAGACAGAGCCCAGAGAGAAACAAGAGGGUCUAGAAGCCCCUGAGCCCCAAACCACAUUCCCCCCCCCCGCCCCCCUGCCCAUACAUAACUGCUUGUAAAAAGAUCCUCUCUCCUUUUUCUUACAUACACAAGGUCCUCUUGGCAGGUGUAGCCAUGUGUCUGAAAAGUCAGUUCUAGUCAGGCUGAACUCUGGGAGCAUCUCCCAGAGGAGGGAAGCACAAUUGGCAAAGAUCAUUCUUUGCACUUGUUUAGUCUUUUGUUGGCAAGGCUGAUUGCCAGUUGCUGAAAUAAGGCUUUGAUGAGGGUGCAAGAAUGUGUGUUUGGAUUCUCAUUAAGGAAUUUCUUUUACCACCUGAGAUUCAGAGUUACUAAACUGUCAGAUGUCUUAAAAUUGAGGCUGAAGUCCUUUAGUGAAGGUCAUUGGCGUUGCGAGCAGAAAAUUACAUGGAAGGACACUGCUUGAACUUAAGGACUGCUCUUCCUUUACCUUGGACUUCAGCCCAAGUUUGGUCCCUAGUCUUGGUGGAUCAAUUGGGUGUGGAGAUUCUAAUGUACUAAGUUUUAGGAAUGUUUCUAGGACAACCUCCCUCCCUGUCCUCUGAGUUAGGGGUCAGAGUAGUCAGAGCCAUUUGUGGGCAAUGAAGGGAAGCUGUAUUGCUUGCCCUCCCAGGUCUAGUCCAGUGCUGAGAUUUGGUGGUUCUGCAUGUGUGGGAAUUUUAUACACACACACAGAUGAUAGGAUGUUUGGGGCUCAACGAGCCCAGAUUUCUUCCCCCUCCAUUUCUCAGGGAGACAAAGAACCUCCUUCCUGGACCAAGGAGUGCCAAGUUUUCUAGCUAAGUGCCCAAGCAGACAUUGAUAGUGCCCCUGCCCUGGGUCCUGCCCCUCCCCUCCCCCCACCACAUCCCUGUCUCCAUUCAUUGCCUGGUGGACUAGAAAUACUUAAAACUUGAAGUAGUGGCAUCUGCCUGCAGUCAUGUAGAGAGAUGCAUAGUGUUAAAAACCGAAACACCACACGUAUUUUUUUCCUCUUGAUUUUUAAAUUUUUUAAGUGGCAAAGAAUUCACCUUGCCUUCCUCCCCAGAAUCUUCAACCUGUAAAAGAUCUCCCCAAGCCAGAAGUCAGGAUUUAGCUUUCUGAUCUCUGGCAGGAAAGGUCCACAGCUUUUCUCCAUGUCCUUUGUCCACUCUCAAACCCGCUAGCGUGGGUAACAUCCAUGGAUUAGUGUUAAAAAUCACAGUGAAGAAUGGCCCUCUGUAGGAGAGAAAAAUAAGCAAAUAUUUGGUCCAUCUAAGGAUUCGGUAGAGAAAAAAAUGUGUUGGCUGAGCCUAUAUCCCUCCCAGGAAGUCAUAAUCAUAGUUGACAACUAUGAAGUAGAUACCAUGCUAAGGACUUACACACCCACCUCCCUGAAUCUUCUCAACAGCCUAGUGACUUAGAAACCAUUAUUUCCCCAUUUCACACAAGACAAAAUUAAGGCUCAGAUAAGAGAAAGGCACUGGCUUGCAAAACAGGAGUAAGGAUUUGGUCCUGCCUCUGUCUGACUCCUAACCCGGCUGUCUAUGUUGGGAGAAGGAAUUAAAACAUACCCAUGCUCUAACACACAGAAAGAUUUAGGAAGAGAUUGAGAAGGGCAAACUAGACCCUCUUCCUUGACCAUGGUCUUUAGUCUUCCCUGCUCUAGACAUAACCCACUGUUGCACCUUAUGGUUAUUGUUGAGAAAGCCCAGGGAUAUAGGUUUACCUUCUAGCUUUGAUAGUUCUUCUUGGUUUAAAAAAUAUAAAAACAGUAACACAUCUUCAGUCAUCCAUAUCACAAAAGAAUUUUCCUUUGUUUGGAGUGUUGGGGGGUGCUCUGAGGAUGCAACUUUUUUGGGGGGGGUCUUGGUUUAUGCCCCUUGCGCUUGGCCCCCUUAGCCCCUUGCCCUGCCCCCAUCCCAGCUCAGUGGUGGAAGGGGGCUCUGAUCUUUUCUCAAGUGGGUGGUUUGUCUUUUGGUCUUUCCCUUUGAGAUAUGCGUGUGUGUUUGCGUGUGCCGCGUGCGUGGCAUGCGUGUGAGUGUGUGCGCGUGAACAGCUUUGGGUUCCGUUGGUUUCGCUGUCAGCUGCAGUGUUCUGUGGGUCUGUGGUAUCUGACACUGUGGAUAUUAAUGUACUUCUUGGACAUUUUAAUAAAAUUUUUUAACAGUUCAA